UUCUUUUCUAUUCUUUUCUUUUUUACCAGAAAUAAGCUCUUAAAAUUCUGGAAUCUUGAAGCCAAUUGCUCGAAAAGAAAGAAUGUCCACUGUUUUCUUUUUCCAAACUCAGAAUUUAGCUAAUUUUGAGAAUUUGCAGAAACUGCUAUGAAUGCCGGGGUUAUCCCAGCCUUGGUCGAACUUUUAAGAGGAAAGUUAACUUGGGUUGAACAGAGAGUGGCUGUACAAGCAUUAGGACACUUGGCUACAUAUGCCAGCACUUUUCCGGCUGUAGCAAAUUAUGGUGAGAUUUUAGGGCUCUCAAUGCAGCUGUCAACGAGUUCACUCGAAAUUGUACACGCACUUUUACCAAUAUUUCGACCGGAGGCUGAGUUAUCAUUGUGAUCUUCUUACACGUGGAAUGGGUAGCGAUGAAAUGGUGUCAUGGAAAGCGGAGGAAUGGGCUAGUCAGCUUCAGUGCUGGUGUUUGGGGUGGACUUGUGAAUGGAAACUCGCCAGCUGGUAUUGGGCUGUUACAGCCAAUUUGUUCUUAUAAGAUCGAUAGGGGACCCAUCACUAGCUGUCCUGGCAUCAUAGAGGCAUUGUGUAACAUAGCACAAUCAUCAGAUGACUGGCAAUAUAUGGCCAUCGACUGUCUUUUAUGGUUGCUCCAAGAUCCAAACUACUUGUCAUAAGGCCAUACCUGCACUAGUCGUCCUUGCAGAAAUUUCUAUGCUAGGGGAUCACAAGAAACUUGGGGAUUCAAUUGUUAACGUUCUUCAUGAAUGCACUCAAUCACAAGGAACUGGCCAUAACUCAAUCAGUAGCCGUGCCAAAGAGGAGGUCGAGGAACUUCUAACCUCUUGAUAAAGAUUUAAAUGGGAAAAGAAUACGCCCAAGGAGGAUCUUCAUAUCAAACAGGCUGCUGCUUUAGUGGUCAAACUCGAAGGAAAUUCCUUGUUCUCUUCAGGAGAUAUUUCUGGUGCUGUGUCAAAGUAUUCAGAGGCACUGGCUUUGUGCCCAAUGAGGUCAAAGAAAGAAAGAGUCGUGCUUUAUAGUAAUCGAGCUCAGUGCCAUCUUUUGCUGCAAAAGCCCUGGGAUGCUAUAAGUGAUGCUACGCGUGCACUCUGUAUACAAAACCUUGUUAAUCGCCAUGCGAAAAGCCUUUGGAGACGUGCACAAGCCUAUGACAUGCUCGGAUUAGCUAAGGAGAGUUUGCUAGACGCUAUACUGUUCAUAAAAGAAUGUUCCCAGUCAACUGAUGCGGAUCUGCGGCAAAAUAAGGUUCCUGAUUAUGCAGAGCGUUUGGUUAAGAAACAGAUGCGUGCAGCUUGGUUAUUUAAAGAGGCUGCCACUAAACAUGGGGACGUAAACUGUGAUGGGGAUGCUGGAGCUAUGUGUGGCCAAGAUACUGACGACUCUGAACGGCAAACGGCAAGUGAAAGUGACGUCAGAAAUGAUGGAAGGGACGAAUUGGAUGACGACAAAUUUGAAUGGAAGAACGAUGUUGAAUGGAAAGAUAAGCAUGGCAAAGUGUUGACGAAAGAUAUGAAGCAAGGAUACAAUGAGCAGCUCGCUGAGGCCUACUACUGAUGUUUUUUGAAGAGCCUGCAUUCUAUGCGCAAGCAUUCUCUGAGCAGAUAUUGGUGCUCUAUCUGUAGGCAGGGCUAAAGAUUGAUUAGGAGUUUUGUUUAUUUCUUGCUUUAUUCUUUUAUAUCAUAAAAAACACGUUAGGUGUUCAUGUUUUCGGGGCUUAAGAUUGAUUAGGAGUUUUGUUUA